AUGGCUGAAUCACUCCUUUUCGGCGUCGCACAGGGCGUGCUGGGGAAGAUAGCAUCGCCGGCUCUCCAAGAAGCCGUUGCUAUUUACAACGUUGAAGAUCAGAUCCGCGAGCUUAGAGAGACGUUGACUGCCAUCAAGGCAGUGUUGUCAGAUGCUGAGGCGCAGAAGGAGAAGAACGACCGUCUGCAGGUGUGGUUAGAUCGACUUCAACAUGUAUUUUACGACGCGGAGGAUGUGCUCGAUGAGAUCGAAUGUGAAGCAUUACGGAAGCAGGUUAUAAGUCGCUAUGGGAGUGUCAAAGGGAAGGUACACCGCUUCUUCUCCCUCUCUAAUCCACUCAUGUUCCGUGUGAAAAUCAGUCAAAAAAUCAAGGAGAUUCGGGAAAGGUUGUCCAAGAUUUGCACUGAAAAAGAUCAAUUCGGUCUUAAUACGCGGAGAACGGUCACUGGUGGGGGACCUACGCCAUCACGAAAAAUGACUUACUCACUCGUAAACAAGUUGGAUGUCGUCGGGAGAGAUGAUGAUAAAGAAACAAUAAUUGAGAUGUUGAUGCAGCCAGAUGACAAAAACCUCUCGGUGCUUCCCAUUGUUGGAAUAGGAGGUAUGGGCAAGACGGCCCUAGCUAAAUUAGUUUAUAAUGAUGACAGGGUGAAAGAGCAAUUUGAGUUGCAACUAUGGGUGUGUGUACCCGAGGACUUUAAUUUAAAGAAAACUAUCGAUGGAAUUAUCAAAGAUGCACGUUGUCAAGAUUUGAGUAACUUUGAUAUUCAACAAUCGCAAAAUGCUCUACAAGACAUCAUCAAAGACAAGAAAUUUCUACUAGUCUUGGGUGAUGUUUGGUGUAAUGACCGCGGUAGAUGGAAAGAUUUGAGAGAUUCACUAGCCGAAGGGGCUAGUGGAAGUACAAUAAUUGUGACUACUCGUAGUGUGGAAGUUGCUUCUAUUAUGCAUACCCAUCCAAUGCAUAAUCUUAAAGGACUUUCUCAUGAAGACUCUAUGAUCUUAUUCAAAAAAUGGGCGUUUGACGAAAACGAAAAAGAAGCCACAUGCUGA